UACCACCAAUUGUCUCCAGCCAUCAUUGCUUCCUACCAUCCCGAGGACAUCAACCAGACACCAGUCGACACAUCGCUACCUGACUGACUAGUGAGCUAGUUCAAACUAACUAUUGUGGAUUUCAUUGCCCGGCGAAAACAGGUUUUCUCGUUUGACCAUCACUGCCUCUUUUCCAACUUGAUCCAUUACAUGCCAGCAGCUAACACUACCCACCCAACCCGUCAAGGAAGGCGAUUGGUGGCUACACAUUCGUAACACAUGUACUAAUCAUCUCAAUCGAUUUAACUUCACAACCUCGUGGACUAAUUUUACCUCCCCAACUAGAAUUUGACUUCCAACCAUAACAAUACUUGCCAUGUGUUAUUCCAGCUAACAGCGGAACACCGACACCUAUGAUCAAAGACAACUAACCGGCCUUUUCAUGUCUUCCACAUCCAAUGACCAUGUCUAACUCAUCACAGCUAUAAAUUGGCGGCUAAUGUCAAACUAGCCGUCUCCACGAUGAUCAUCGGCAUCACUAUUUCCCAGCAGUUAGAAUUCAUACGUGAUGAUUGAAUCUCAUCCCAAUGGUUGAAUAAUCACAAGCGACCUCGCCUCGUUAUUUUUAAAGCCCUAAUUGCAUAGAGAAAUGUCAAUGCUUAUGUCGGUUAGUGGAUGAAAUCUACAAUAAACAGUCUGCUAUUCAUUCAAACGACAAGAUAGAGAGAAAAAGGUAAUGAUAAUUACUAACCAACCAACCAACUAACCUUAUGACGUUUUUACACUUUAACAAGUUCACAACAUAGCUCUGCGUUGUCAUGCAUGUCUCUGUCUGUCUGUUUUCGACAUAAAACUUUGCACAAAUGUAAGGAAGUUCAAGUCGCCACACUCCAUGUAGCACACAAAGUAAGAGAAGAAAGUAUUUGAUGAUUUGUCGGUUUCUUUUUGAUUUAGUCUUGUUUUGUUGAAACCAUGAGAUAUUACGCGUUCUUGUCGUAUCAUGAAUAUGUAGUGCACAUUGUACCUUUGAACUUUUGUUUAAACUGACUCACCCACGGUGAUCCACGUUUUACCUUUUGACUUGUGAGUCUUCCUUACGUUCAUAGGUUCGCUCUCUUGUUGUGCUCUCCUUCUGCACACUCUCCGAGCCUACCUCCAGCAACGUCUGCAGAUAAGUUGUACGACUUCUUUAUUUAUUGAAUUUUAUAUUUCGUCGAAUAAAAUAUAAUUCUCCCAGGUACUCUUGUCACAUCAAGUCUUUUUACAACGAUACAGUUCGUCAGUAUUUGCGCGUCCAGUAGUGUACUGCUAAGCUUAGCAGGUCGCCAAAACGGUGAAGAAGUUUGUAAGGGUGUUUAGAGUAUAGGUCCACUCUAAGCCGUAGUAGAACUCUUACAAGUGGUGAGCCCGUUUUCACCGUUUUCCGCUAUAGUAGUUUAACGUGUUAACGAUUCUUUUUACGUACCGUUUAUUUUGUUAUUUUUUUUCCUUUCACGCACGGUUAUAAAGAUUCGAUUUGUUUUCUUUGUACUUAUAUUGGUUUUUUUAUCACCUUGUUAAUAUUGUGCCCUGUGUGCAAGAUGGCUGACAACAGUUCUGCGUCAGAGAUGGCUAUAACGCUGCAACUCCCCGCCUUCUGGACACAUCGUCCAGCUGCAUGGUUUAAUCAUAUAGAGGCUCAGUUUGCCAUUAGACACAUACACUCACAAGAGACCAAAGUAAACCACGUGAUUGUGAGCCUACCCGAAAGUGUCAUAGACGAGGUGGCUGACGUUCUCGCAGAUCCGUCUCCGGAUCGGUACGAGCGGCUCAAGCAGGCGUUAAUUCAACGAGUCGCACUUACUGACCAACAGAAAGUGCAGGAACUUUUCCGCGAUGUUCAGUUAGGUGACCGCAAGCCCUCACAAAUGUUGAGGCAGAUGAAGCAGCUAGUGGCGGACUUUAAAAUUGACGAGGUUUUUCUCAAACAACUUUGGCUUCAAAGAUUACCUCAGGCAGUCCAGGGUAUCUUAGCACCGAUCUACAAGUACCCCUUACAGGAGAUAGCCGAGGCAGCUGAUAGAGCCGUAGAGGCCAUCAAUCCCAAAAUUGGCAUUUCCGCAACAGUAACUGCUGCUCCCGCUCAGACUAAAGAUUCGUCUGAUGGGGGGUCAUCAAGCUUUGACGCGGUGGCCCAUAUUGCCAAGCUAUACGAGGAGAUCUGUAGUAUCCGACAGGAGAUGAACUCCAGGAGUCGUGGACGCAGUCCCUCAAGUUCGCGCAGUAGCAGACCCUUGCCACGUGCUAGCAGCAAGCGCCGACAGUCCCGAAGUAACCAGCCUGGAGUGUGCUGGUAUCAUCGACGUUACGGAGCAAAAGCCCAAAAGUGCACUCGCCCGUGCACCUUCGAUGUUCAACAGUCGGGAAACUAGCAAGCCAGCACGUACUGGCGACUAACGUCGCUGGCGAACCACUCUCAUGUCGCCUCUUCUAUGUUACCGACCGUAACACUGGGAUACGCUUCCUAAUUGAUACCGGAGCAGAGGUCAGUGUAAUCCCACCCACAGUAGAGGAGCGCAGGCGGCCAAUGUCUCUUCAACUACGAGCCGCAAACGGUUCGCCAAUUGCUACGUUCGGCAGGCGCUUUAUAGAUCUUAACAUCGGUUUGCGUCGUUCACUUCGUUGGGUCUUCCUGGUGGCAGACGUUACCACAGGUAUAAUUGGCAUGGAUCUAUUGCAGCACUACCAAUUACUGGUAGAUACAGGUAAUCAUAAGUUAAAAGAUCCUGUCACAAACCUCUCCGUCAGCGGUAUUGUCACACAAGGCCCAGCCCUCAGCCCGGUAUAUGCCACACCCACUAGCACUGGUCCUUAUUCGCAUAUACUGCAGUCUUUUUCAGAUUUGUUCAAACCUAGCAGCGGCCUGCCAUGUGCGACUUCCAACGUCAAACACCAUAUUGUCACUACUGGCCCGCCAGUUUUCGCAAAGCCGAGGCGACUAUCCCCAGAAAAACUAAAGGUUGUCAAAGCGGAGUUUGAGCAUAUGCUGGAAAUGGGGAUUAUUAGGCCAUCCAGCAGCCCGUGGUCCUCACCGUUGCACCUGGUACCUAAGAAUAACGGUUUAGAUUGGCGUCCUUGUGGCGACUACCGCAGACUAAACGCACAAACUGUUCCCGAUCGCUACCCUGUCCCGCACAUACACGAUUUAACCGCCUCACUCAAGGGAGCUCGAGUAUUCAGCAAACUGGACCUUACACGGGCUUACUACCAGAUUCCCGUCGACCCCGAAGAUAUACCUAAGACUGCUGUGAUUACACCGUUUGGCCUGUUCGAGUUUCUUCGAAUGCCUUUUGGCUUACGGAACGCUGCACAAACCUUCCAGCGUUUUAUACAUGACGUUUUGCGCGGGCUUGAUUUCGCCUUCGCCUAUCUGGACGAUAUCUUGGUAGCUAGUCCAGAUGAAGCCACUCAUCAACUUCAUUUGCAGACAGUUUUCCAAAGACUUGUGACACACUCCCUCACACUCAACUUGCCGAAGUGUCAGAUUGGAGCCACUUCCCUGAAAUUUUUGGGACAUAGGAUAGACAAAGAUGGAAUUUAUCCGUUACCUGACCGGGUAGAAGCUAUUCAAAACUUCCCUCUACCCACUUCUCCCAAGGCACUACGCACCUUUCUCGGGAUGGUUAGUUACUACCGUCGCUUUAUCCCACAGUGUGCUCAUAUCGUGACCCCCUUGACUGACAUGCUUAAAGGGAAAUGCAAGUCUUUGGUGUUCACUAAGGAAGCCUCGACAGCUUUUGCAGCUAUCAAGAAAGCUAUUGCUGACGCCACAAUGUUGGUCCAUCUAGAUGUUCAACUUCCAAUCAGCAUCUCCGUAGAUGCCUCUAAUACUGCGAUCGGAGCCGUCCUUCAACAGCGUAUGGCUAAUGUAUGGCUACCGAUUGCUUUCUUUUCACGUAAACUUACCGCAUGCGAAUCUCGAUACAGCACAUUCGGUAGGGAACUUCUCGCUGUCUACGCUGCUGUCAAGCAUUUUCGUCACUUCGUGGAAGGCCGGCAAUUUACGGUAUUUACCGACCAUAAGCCAUUGACGUACGCCCUCCACACUACUUCAGACCGGUAUUCACCGCGAGAAUCACGCCAUUUAGACUAUAUUUCCCAGUUCACUUCUGAUAUCCAGCACGUUUCUGGAUCGGAUAACGCGGUAGCAGACGCUUUGUCUCGCGUAUGUGCUACGUCCGUACCACCAACCAUCGAUCUUCAUAAAAUGGCCGAACUCCAACUGAACGAUUUGAACUUAGAACACCUGUCAAAUAAAACCUCACUGAAAAUAGAACGCGUCCCCUUGCUAAACAGUGAGGCAACUAUACUUUGCGAUAUGUCAACUGGUACUCCUCGACCGAUUGUUCCCACGUCUUUACGCCGAACUGUGUUUGAGUCACUCCACAACCUCUCCCAUCCUGGCAUACGAGCAACGGACAAGUUGAUUUCUGCGAGAUUUGCGUGGCCCGGUAUGAACCGUGAUGUGCGUCAAUGGACACGUGCUUGUGUGCAAUGCCAACGUGCUAAAGUCACCAAGCAUAACAUCACGCCGUUGGGGACGUUUGCGACCCCAGACGCUCGGUUCCAUCAUAUCCACCUGGAUAUAGUAGGGCCUCUGCCCCCGUCUAACGGCUGCUCGUAUUUACUCACAUGUGUGGAUCGUUUCACACGUUGGCCGGAAGCCAUUCCGAUACCAGAUGUAACGGCUCAAACCGUCUGUCGUGCCUUCAUGGAUGGCUGGGUUGCCCAUUUUGGAUGUCCCGCAACUGUCACUACCGACCGCGGACAACAAUUUGAAUCCACAAGCUUCAAAGAAUUGUUAGAGAUGCUGGGAUGCAAACGCAUUCGCACAACCGCGUAUCAUCCCGCGGCAAAUGGCCUAGUAGAACGUUUCCACCGUCAACUCAAAGCUGCGUUGAUGGCAGUGGACAACAGUAAGUGGACAGAUUCGCUACCACUGGUCCUGCUUAGCAUCCGGGCUACGCUUAAGGGGGAUCUGCAGUGCUCGCCAGCUGAAUUGGUGUACGGUACCACCAUGCGUUUACCAGGCGAGCUAAUCGCUCCCGAAACUUUCGAGCCAAAUUUCCCGGAUACCACCCGUUACGCUCAGCAACUUAAAAGUUUUAUGCAGCGACUCCGACCAGUUUCCACACGCACUCAGAACCGAAAGGUUCAGGUUGAUCGGCGACUUGAUGACUGUACACACGUUUUCGUGCGUCACGACGCCAUACGAAAGCCAUUACAACCACCGUAUGACGGGCCUUUUAAGGUCCUUAGUCGUAAAGAUAAAUUUUUCGUUAUUGACCGAUGCGGCCGCCCAGACACUGUCAGCAUAGACAGACUUAAAGCGGCAUACACUGAAGAACCUUCACCCUCCCCAUCGGCUCAAUCAAAUAGCCCCACUGAACCUAGUCCUUGUCCAGACUCAACUACCUCACCUCCGGUGGUGAAUGAUGAUUCUCCUACCGUCACCAGUAAGACCCCGGUCACACGUGCUGGUCGACGUGUUCACUGGCCCAAGAGGUUCGUAGAAUUCUUUCACUGAACUAAUCCAUAGGUAAGGCUACUAGUGAUUUUUUAUUCCUUGUCACAAUUUCUUAUUCAAUUCUGCUAUAUUUAAUCUAUUUGGUCCCGCUUCUGGGAGUAGUCGUUUUAACCCUCACUAAUCCUUUUAAUCUUUAUCUCUCGUUACAGAGGACCAGCAGCAGUUUGUUUUUACCCCUAAUUUUUCAUAUCAAUCUACUCGCUAGAUCAGUUGGCGUCUCAUGUCAUCUUGUAACCCACACCAAAAGAGGAAUUAUGAAUAGUAUAUUACCUUUCCAAAAAAAAAAUUUAAUUAUUAUGUAAAAAAAAAAUUUUAUAAAAUAUAUUUAAAAAAAAAGUAAAAAAA